AUGGCCCACAGCGGAAUAACUACUGGACAGGUCAAACCUCAGCACAAGUGCAGGGAUUGCCGGGCAUUUAAACGAGAUGUCAACUAUCUUGAACAUCUGUUGGGCAAGGAGAGGGCCCGUUGUCGCCAAAACCGAGAGUGGAGAAUCACUCUUUGCCAAGCGCUGGAUGAGGCCCACGCACAGUUGGCCAAACUGCAACCCCCGAAAGAAAGCUACUGCGACACGGACAAAGAAAUAUGGCAGCCUGAGGAUUGGGAGGAGGAAGGUGACUGGGAUGAAGAAGCCCAGCAGCCUGAGGAUUGCGAGGAGGAAGGUGACUGGGAUGGAGAAGCCCAGCAGCCUGAGGAUUGCGAGGAGGAAGGUAACUGGGAUGAAGAAGCCCAGCAGCCUGAGGAUUUCGAGGAGGAGGGUGACUGGGCUGAAGAACCACAGCAGCCAGAGGAGACCACCAAGCAGAACCAGGAGACAGACCUCCACACAUAUUACAAGGAGCUGCAGGAGCCUAAUAUAAUCAUCCAGCAGAAGUUUGCUUUGGAGCUGCAGGUUGAGAGGCGCAAAAAUGAGGCUCUCCUGGAUGAACUGCAGAAACUGAGAGCUUCAAACAAUGAAAUCAUUCAAAGUAAUGAAGCGGACAACCUCACAGCCAGGCAGCAGGCCACCCACCUGAAGGCUGAGAUUGAGAAAGUAUUCAAGUCUCAGAUGCGCACCUUCGAGGCUGAGCAGAACCUCCUCCAUCUGCAGGUAAUGGAGGAGAUGAGAUGUCUCCGCAAAAGUGCUGCUGAGGAGAAAGUGCUUCUGCAGAGACAAGUGGAGGAACUGACGUCCCAACUCUCAAUGAAGAAGGAGAAACCUGUGGAGACUGAGGCGUCUGAGGAGACGCCCAAAAAGAAGAAGUCUUCAAUCUGGAAGAGAAUCAGACAGACUCUGGGACUGAGGAGGAGGAAGAAGAAGCAAAAGGACGCUGCACCUCACAACUAA